UGCCAGCAAAAAGCAGCCAGGCAGGGACUCGAAACGCUCCGAGACGAGCACUUUUAUUCUCAUUGUUUACCUUAAAGUGGAUUUCUAUUUCUAGCCUAUAAAUAAAUAUGCUCGGAUCCCGUAGCGCUCGUGUUCAGCAGUUUAUUCAGGAGAAUUAACACACACACACACACACACACACUGCUCUGCUGCUGUCGAGGAGAUUUUCUUUUAGACGCAAACAUGAAGCGUCACGGUUUUAUUUUGUAAACAAAGGGACAGAGAGGUCUAAAGAAUAACACCAAAGGUGGUGAGGAGAGGGGGAAAACCUGCUCAGAAAUCCCAGUGUCUGUUUGUUCCGAAUCCUGAAUCGGUUCUUCUGGAAUCCCACAGGUUGUAGCACAGCAGCAGGAGGAUGUCGGUGCCACGGACGCUGGGUGAGCUGCAGCUGUACCGUGUGCUGCAGAGGGCCAACCUGCUCAUGUACUACGACACCUUCAUCCAGCAAGGCGGUGAUGAUGUGCAGCAGCUGUGUGAGGCUGGAGAAGAAGAAUUCCUCGAGAUCAUGGCUCUGGUUGGGAUGGCUACAAAGCCCCUGCACGUGCGGCGCUUGCAGAAAGCCCUGCGCGACUGGGCUGCUAAUCCUGCUGUCUUCAACCAACCCCUGACCUCAGCCAUGGGAGGAAUCCCGCUUUUUAAAAUUGACAGCAUUGUGGGCACGAGGAAGUCCUUAAGCAAUGGCCAGCCAGCAUCCCCAUGUGACAGGGAAGAUCAGGGAGCUUGUCUGACUCCGCUCCGAGAUAACGGUAGUCCGAGGAGCCCAUGCUCCCAGGCCUCGCCACUUCCUCCAGAUCAUCAUCUUUACAGGGACAAACUGUCCCCCAUGGAGCCUCACUGGCUCAGUCCGGAAUUAGAUGGGAGCGUCGGAGCAGAGGAAGACCAGCCCAGUCCGCCUUUGCCUCUUUUGGUCCACUCCCGGAACAUAGGUCCCUCGACGCCUCCCACGUCUUCCUCCUCGUCCUCCUCCCCUUGGCCUGGAGGACAGCUGGAUGCAGACACAGUGAAGGCGGUAGGGGAAAGUGUGGAGCGCCUGUUCAGGACAGUCCCGCACACAGACUCGUCUGAGGUGAAGAGUCUUCUCAGGCUGAAUAAGAAGCUGGCCAAGACAGUGGGUCACAUUUUCAACAUGGAGCCACAUGACAAGAGCAAAGAGGAGGAGAUCCGCAAGUACAGCCUCAUCUACGGCCGUUUUGACUCCAAGAGGAGGGAGGGCAAGCAGCUGACACACCACGAGAUGAUCAUCAACGAAGCAGCGGCGCAGUUCUGCAUCCGGGACAACGCGCUGUUAUUGAGACGGGUCGAGCUUUUCUCACUGGCUCGGCAGGUGGCGAGAGAAUGUGCCUACACCUCCACGCUGAAACACAGCAGGACCAACCCUGAGGACUGUACCAAUUCCUUUAUGGACAACAGCAACGCUCCGAAAAGAAUCAAACUCGAGGUCACAGAUUCAGACAGUAUUAACCCGAUAUGCGGAUUGAAAAGUGCUGACACAGCGAUUCAGGGCAGCCUCAGGUCAGCGGCAGACGACGACAGUCUGUCAGGAGAAAGUCUGGACAGUUUAUCUCACGAUGUAGGGCCUCACUCCCUCCCCUCGUCAUCCCCCCGUCCCCUCGCCGAUACCAUCGGCCCUGUCACCUGGAGUCGCCAGCUCAUGCAGCAAACGCUCAUGGACGAGGGCCUACGAUUGGCUAGAAUGGUGUCACGUGACCACGCAGCCAAGGUCAGCCUAGGGUCAGAGAAGAGACAGACUUCAGAGCCGGAGGGCCGAGCAUCAGACAGACGAGGCUUAAACGCGUCCCACCAGAGCAGCAGCCCUGCCAGCACCAAAGACGACCCGUAAAGGGAAACCAGCAGGAGCCAGAAGUUGCCUUGCUGCUCAACUCAGGUCUCAUACGACUCGAACCCUCUGGAGAUUUUCACACCCGCUUUCCCAAAACUGUCUUAUGUAGUUAACACAUCACAGGUCCAGUGUUAGAAUGUUCCUCUACUGUGAGUCACGGGCUGGAUGAAGAUGUGUGUUGUAGAUCAGAUUUGGUUGUGAGUGGUCUGAGUUCUGUACAGUUCAGUGAAUUUGCAGGUCACCCAGGGGGCGUGUCUCGAUACAAGAUUAAUGAUCUGCUGUAUGACAGACACAUUUAAAAAAUCCAUGAUUACAUACCAUACAAUGUAGAGGUGUUUUUGCUGCAAUACAAUGCAGUGCAAUACAAUAAUAGCUGUGUAAAGCAGUGCGUGCGGACACACACACACGACAAGUCUAAUGAAAUAAUGCAGUAAUACAUUUGACUUUUCUUAGGCACAGAGGCUACACCUAUUUUUACUGGUCUGACAGAUCCAAAGGCCACGCCUCCUGAUUUUGGACUGGCAGGCACAGGAGCCACACCUCCUUCACUGAGACUGACAGGCACGGAGGCCACACCUCCUUUCAUUGGACUGACAGGCACAGAGACCACACCUCCAUCCCUGGGACGAAACAAAGGACAUGCCUUUUUUCUGAGACUGACACACACAGAGUCCAUAUUGUCUUUACUGGGACUGACAAACAAAGACCGCACCUCUUUUAGGACUGACAUAAACAAAGGCCACGCCUUUUUACUGAGACUGAUA